AUGCAGAGCUCCGGCAGUCUCCUGGCAUAUCUGCUGCUGCCACUGCUACUGCUGGGGGCUGCCCCAGGCCCCGCCGGCGCCCUCAGUGAAGAUGAGAAACACGUGAUGGUGGAACUGCACAACCUCUAUCGAGCCCAGGUGUCCCCGCCGGCCACCAACAUGCUGCGAAUGAGGUGGGACGAGGAGCUGGCCGCCUUCGCCAAGGCCUACGCGCAGCAGUGCGUGUGGGGCCACAACAAGGAGCGAGGGCGACGCGGCGAGAACCUGUUUGCCAUCACGGGCGAGGGUCUGGACGUGCCGCUGGCCAUGGAGGAGUGGCACCACGAGCACGAGCACUACAACCUCAGCGCCAUCAGCUGCGCUGCGGGCCAGAUGUGCGGCCACUACACGCAGGUGGUCUGGGCCAAGACAGAGAGGAUUGGCUGUGGUUCCCACUUCUGUGAGAAGCUCCAGGGUGUUGGGGAGACCAACAUCCACUUGCUGGUUUGCAACUAUGAGCCCCCGGGAAACGUGAAGGGCCAGAGGCCCUACCAAGAGGGGACUCCGUGCUCCCAGUGUCCCUUGGGCUACCACUGCAAAAACUCCCUCUGUGAACCCAUCAGAGGCCAGGAAGAGGCUCAGGAUUUGUCUUCCCUGGUAAUUGAGGCCCCAUCUUCCCUAGCAACAGAAGCCUCAAGCUCUAAGAAAGAGGGGAUCGAUUCUUCCUUAGCAACAGAACCUCCACCCCUCUUGGUAACAGAGGUCUCAAGCUCCCUGGCAACAAAUGUUCUAUCUUCUGUAGAAACCAAGGCCCCAUCUUCCUUAGUAACGGAAAACUCCCCUUCCACGGCAACAGAGACUCCACUUUCCUUAGCAACUAAAGUCCCUUCCGUUUUGGCCACUCACAGCCCGCUCUCCUUGGAUAAGAGGCCGGCUACCCUCCUCCCCAAAUCAACCCAUGAUCCCACCCCCAAAUCGGCAGACAAAGAGGCCAGAGGUACAAGAAUGCCUUCCAGGAUCCCGGAGAGUUCUCUGCACCCCAAGAUAUCCCUGAUGGGGACACGGGAGCCGCUACCCCUCUCCCAGGAGGAGGGUGAGGCUGAGGCCGAGUUGCUUCAUUCCAGUGAGAUCUUGGCCUCAGUCUUUCCAGCCCAGGACAAGCCAGAUGAGGUGCAGAUGACAUCGAAGCACAAAGGGCACUCCUCUUCCAAGUCCCUGUCCAACUCCCCCAGCGCCUCUGCCACCGCCAAUGCCAUGGGUGGGCGUACCCUGGCCUUGCAGUCCUCCUUGCCAGAUGCGGAGGGCUCUGGAAAGCAUGGCUUCAGGUCAGGGUCAAAUGCAAGCCCUGGGCACGUCGGGGGCCUCCUCCUGGGACUGCUGCUACUGCUUCCCCUGGUGUUGGCUGGAACCUUCUGA